CUUAAAAAAACUGAGGGAGUAUUAGGAGGGCCUUAAACAAAAGUAACACAAAUUAAAACAAGUUGCAAAAUCCUCUCUCCUGAUUUGAUCGGAGUUAGCCGGAAACAUGUCGACGAUAUACGUAUUGGAGCCGCCGACGAAAGGGAAGGUCGUUAUACACACAACAUAUGGACCCAUUGACAUCGAGCUUUGGCCAAAAGAAGCUCCUAAAGCUGUUCGAAAUUUUGUUCAGCUUUGCCUUGAAGGUUACUAUGAUUCCACCAUUUUUCAUCGCAUUAUUAAGGGUUUUCUCAUUCAGGGUGGUGAUCCCACUUCUACUGGCCUCGGUGGUGAAAGCAUAUAUGGUGCAGCAUUUUCUGAUGAAUUCCAUUCUCGUCUACGUUUCAACCAUAGGGGCUUGGUUGCGUGCGCAAAUGCUGGUUCUCCGCAUACAAAUGGAAGUCAAUUUUUUAUGACAUUGGACCGUUGUGAUUGGCUUGAUAAGAAAAAUACGAUCUUUGGAAAGGUUACUGGAGAUUCUAUAUACAAUCUUCUCCGGAUAGGAGAAGUUGAAACUGAUAAGGAUGACAGACCCUUGGACCCUGCUCCGAAGAUAACAUCUGUUGAGGUUAUAUGGAAUCCCUUUGAAGAUAUUGUCCCACGAGAAUUAAAGAAGUUGCCCCAGUUGGAAUCUGACAAAGAUAACAAAGAUUUGAAGAAGAAAGCCGUGAAAAAGCUGAACUUACUUUCAUUUGGUGAGGAAGCCGAAGAAGAUGAGAGGGAUUUGACAGCUGUGAAGCAAAAAAUUAAGAGCAGUCAUGAUGUGUUGGAUGAUCCUCGUCUACUGAAAGAACACAAUCUCACUGAAGAAAUGAAUCCAGAUAAACUCAAGAGUGCAAGGGAUUUGCAAUUAUCUGUGAGAGAAGCUUUGAAUUCAAAAAAUCAGGAGUCACAAAAGGGGAAAGCUGAUGAGUUAUCUGGUUCUCGUGCUUUAAGUGACAGUGAUGAGGAUGAAAGAAGUUUUGAUGGACGAAUGCGUGAGCAGAUUUUGAGGAAAAGAAUGGAGAUUGGUGAUCUCCCUACUAAUACUAAGCAAAAGUCUCAAAGUGAGAGAUCAAUGUCCACGGAUCAGCAGAAGUUAGCCACAAGGUCAGAUCCUGAAAGUUCAGAUGACCAAAGAAAAGUGGCAAAAUUGUCUAUCAGGAAAAAGGGAAUUGGAUCUGAAGCUAGGGCAGUACGUAUAGUUAAUGCUGACACGGACCUGCAGCUGUUAAAUAAUGCUGAGCGAGAAAGAUUGUUGCAGAAACAGAAGAAGCGGAGACUGAAGGGACGUGAAGAUGAUGUACUUGCCAAACUUGAGCGGUUCAAAAAUUCAAUGGCCAAAAAGCAUGUUGAACCGAGUGGCAAAUCUGAAAGUGGAAUUGAUGAAGAUCUAUCUGACUGGAAAACUGUCCACCUGAAGUUUGCACCUGAACCUGGAAAGAAUAACAUGUCACGGAGUGAAGAUGCCAAUGACUAUGCUGUGAUUGAUCCUCUUUUGGAGAAAGGCAAACAGAAAUUCAAUAGGAUGAUAGCAAAGGAAAAGCGACGAGAACGUGAAUGGGCUGGGAGAUCCCUGACCUGAUUCUUUAAACUUCCUUGUUACAAUGGCCAUGUGAUUCACAAAUUCCUAUGAUCCUGUUCUGCGCCUCUUCAUGUUGAAGAUGCUGGCCAAGGGAUGAUCCUGCGCUCGAAAUACUAAAAGAUACAUGGAAUGCUUUUCACAAGAAUAUUGCUUCCAGUCGCAUAUUAUGUCUUGUAUCUGAUGAGCACAAAUUUGGAGUAAAUGUCGAUCUGUGAAUGUAUACUAUCAGACUGUAAUAUAAAUCUCCCCUCUUCAAUGAUAUUCUUGGUUCUAUACGGGGAAAUCUGUGUUUCUCACUGUCUCACAAUGGCAUUUCUGUAAUGAAAAUGACUUAUAUGA